AUGGAAAUGGGAAAAGAGACGGAAGCGCUGCUGAGCGAUCAGCCGGGAUCCUCGGAAGGCCACGGGACGGGCCAGCAGGCUCCCAGUGUCCAGGAAGAUGACUGCUUUCAGUGCUUUGUCUGCGGCAAGGGCUUCCGCUGGGCUUGCCUGCUGAAGAGACACCUGCGGGUUCACACUGGCGAGAAGCCCUUUGAGUGCGCUGUGUGCAAGAAGUGCUUCAGUAAGUCCAGCAACCUGACCCGGCAUCGGAGGUUCCACACUGGCGAGAAACCCUUCGAGUGCACCGUGUGCCAGAAACGCUUCUCCACCUGCAACGACCUGCGAGUGCACCAGCGAAUCCACACAGGGGAGAAACCCUUCGAGUGUGCCGUGUGCAAGAAACGGUUUUACACAUCUGGCCACUUGAUACGGCACCAGCGGACUCACAGCGGGUAG